GUGUGAGAUCCAACACGGUCAGUAAACACAGUGGCGCCGCUGUGUGUGUCAUUGGUGUGUGUGCUGUCCAGCAUGAAGGGAGCAUGAGGAGGUGCCCUCUAACAUCACACCGCUGCUGCUCCUGCUGCUCUGCACUCAUAAGAGAACAUCACAAAAAGCGGAUUCUACAGAGGAGGUAGACACUCAAGGAAGGAAUGGUGGGCUAUGAUCCAAACUCCCCCGCCGCGGCUCUCACCCCGGAGGAAGCUGCUCUGGCCGGGUCAGCGGCGGGUAUGGUCACCCGUGCCCUCAUCAGCCCUCUGGAUGUUGUCAAAAUCAGGUUUCAGUUACAGAUCGAGCAGGUGUCCUGGAGGAGUCGUCAGGGGAAGUACUGGGGUUUAUGGCAGGCCACACGCUGUAUCAUGACCGAAGAAGGACUUCCUGCCUUCUGGAAAGGUCACAUUCCUGCCCAGCUGCUGUCUGUGUGUUAUGGGGCAGUUCAGUUUGCGAGUUUUGAAGCAUUAACGGAGCUGGUCCAUAAGAAGACGGUGUAUAACAGCCAGACCCCAGGAGUGCACUUCAUCUGCGGGGGUCUGGCCGCCUGCUCCGCCACCGUCGCCUGCCAGCCGCUGGACACCCUCCGCACACGCUUCGCUGCUCAGGGCGAACCCAAGAUCUAUCGUAACCUCAGACAUGCCGUGGCCUCAAUGUUCCGCACAGAGGGGCCCUUCGCCUUCUACAGGGGCCUCACACCCACCCUAGUGGCCGUCUUUCCAUAUGCAGGCUUGCAGUUUUUCUUUUAUAAUAUCCUAAAGAAUCUUCUGGAGCCCCAAGACACCAAAUCUAAAGGGGGUUUAAACAGUCUGAUCAGCGGUAGUUGUGCUGGAGUCAUCAGUAAAACAAUGACGUAUCCGUUUGACCUGAUCAAAAAGAGACUUCAAGUGGCUGGAUUUGAAGAGGCCAGGAUGAAGUUCGGACAGGUGCGGACGUAUCAUGGAUUUGUGGACUGUGUGCUGAGGAUCGGCAGAGAGGAAAGGCUCCGGGGUUUCUUUAAGGGGCUCUCCCCGAGUCUCCUGAAGGCUGCUAUGUCCACAGGCUUCACCUUCUUCUGGUACGAGUUCUUCAUCAAUGCCAUUGUCAGCCUCAAGAGCAGCUAGUGAGAGAAACCUUACAGAUGUAAGAUCAUCAGCUGGAACUCUGAGUCAAGAUACACCGCUGUUGUACUUCACCAGAAAGAUAUUUUAACCUCUGCUUCGCUCUGCUGAAGCCCUGAACUGAACAGUCAGCUGAAAUGUCUGUGUUUAUGUGUAACAGUGAGCUCUACCUCUCUUGUGUCUCUCGACUGGAGACUUGAAAACCAUUGUUACACAUUUUAGGAUUUUAAGUUUUGUCAUAAUGACUGCAUGUUUUGGUUUACACUCUGAAUUAGGAUUUAUUUUUUAUACAUAACACUGGAAAUCAGAAUGCUUAACUUAUAGUUUUGGCAGUUUUGUAUUUGAAAAACAUUUAAACUAUAUACUUGAUAUGGUGCAGGAAAUAUUCAGUCAUCUGGUUUAUACAAAUAGAUUCAUUUCAGGUCUUAUGGGUUUGUUUGUUUGUUUUUAUUUUUUUACUUAUUUUAUGUCAUGGUUAAGGCUUUUAAAUGGUGAAUGGUCAAGGCUUUUAUGAAUUACAUUUUAAAAAUGGUAUAUUCCCUAUUUACGGACGGAUAAAGUUAGUUUCGAACAGUUUGAACCUCCAUGUAUCCUGUUACUCUGGCUUUAUUUCUGCCCAUAUUUAUGUAUUUUUUUUUUAUUGUACUUUCUCACUAACAUUAGCAAAAACAAACUCUUCGUAAGAUCAUAGUGGUUUUACUUUUACUCCUGUGUAGUUCUAUACAAAAACUAUGGAAGUCUGUUUCCGCCACUGAAUACAAAUUAAAACAAGGUAAUUGCAACAUUUUAUUUCACAAUUCUGACUUUCUUUUUUUCUCACAAUUGCGAGUUCAUAUCUCACAAUUUUUACUUUUUUCUCAUAUAUAUUAUAUAUAUAUUAUAUGGUCAGAAUUGUGAGAUCUAUAUAUAUAUAUAUAUAUAUAUAUAUAUAUAUAUAUAUAUAUAAAAAUCUUUAGAAGUUGCAAUUGUGAGUUUAUAUUAUGCAAUUAUGACUUUCUUUUUUCUCACAACUUCUCGCAGUUUUUACUUUUCUUUUCUCAGAAUUGCGUUAAUAAAGUCAGAAUUGUGAGAUAUGAACUCGCAAUUUCAUGAAAAAAAACUCAGGAUUGUGAGUUUAUGUCUCGCAAUUCGGACUUUUUUUCUCACAAUUGUGUUUAUAACUCACAAUUGCAAGUUUAUAUCAAGCAGUUCUGACUUUAUAACUCGCAAUUGCUAGUUCAUAACUCAGAAUAUCUCAUUUAUGAAGUCAGAAUGAUAGAUAUGAAGAUAUGAACUCGCAAUUCUGAACUGUGACAUAAAAAGUUGCAAUUACCUUGUUUUAUUUUUUAUUUAGUGGCAGAAACAGGCUUUCAUAAAAAACACAUAAUGAUCAUAUUACAAAAAUGUAUGGCAAACAAAUGAGUGACAUGCAAGAAAAAAAAGCAAUAAUUUUUCUAAUAAAAUUAUUUUAUUUACAUUU